AUGAAAAUUUCAUUUACUUUCCUCUUUGCCAUUUUGGCAUUGUUUUGCGCUGUACACUACAGCUCCGCAGCAUCUGUGGCUAUUGCCAAUAAGAAUGCUUUACAAGAACGCUUGAAAAGCAAUGAAGUUAAUACUUCAGCUGAAGAGUUUGAUAAUGAGGAUGAAUCUCAAAACAAAUUAUUGGAACCUGAAGAUGAUGAUGAUGAAGAAACUGAGUUACUUGAUGAACUUGAAGAUGAUGAUGAAAAUACAGAAUUGUUUGAUGAACCUCAAGAUGAUGAUGAUGACAAUACGGAAUUAAUUGAUGAUGACGAUAAUGAAUUAAUGGAAGCUGAAAAUGAUGAUGAUGAGGAAAACACCAAUGAAUUGGAAGAAAUUGAUGCUCGUGCUCGUCGCGGUAGACGUAGGAAUCGUCGCAAUAAGCUCAGGCGCCGCAAGGGUCGUAAGGGACGCAAAGGCCGUAAGGGACGCAAAGGCCGUAAGGGACGUAAAGGUCGCAAGGGACGUAAAGGUCGCAAGGGCCGCAAAGGUCGCAAGAACCGUAGAAAUCGUCGCUCUCGCAGACGUCGCAAUCGUUCCGGUUAA